UUGCUUCCAUUUCUACUUCAGGUUGACUAUCUUACUGGUUCCUGGUGGCCAGACCUAGAAGAACUUUUUAAUGAAGAUAUUCCUGUCUACAGGUUUGUUCAGCGACCUGGUGAUCUGGUUUGGAUAAAUGCAGGCACUGUACACUGGGUUCAAGCUAUCGGUUGGUGCAAUAACAUUGCGUGGAAUGUUGGUCCCCUCAAUGCAAGACAAUAUCAAUUGGCGAUCGAACGCUAUGAGUUCAAUCGGCUGCACGGAGUUAAAUCUAUUGUGCCAAUGAUUCACCUGAGUUGGCAGCUGGCAAAGAAUGUCAAAGUCUCAGAACCACAUUUAUACGAGUUAAUAAAGUUGAAAGAUGACUUAUGA